AUGUGGGUGUAUCUCCUCACCACUGUUUUUCUGCUUGCCAUUGGCUGGUUUAUCAGGGACCGUCAGAAGAUCAGAAAUGUCAAAGACAAGUAUGUCUUUAUCACUGGAUGUGACUCGGGCUUUGGCAACCACCUGGCAAAACGCCUGGACCGGCAAGGAUUCCAUGUCCUCGCUGGCUGCCUGACACAAAAAGGAGUGGACACCCUGCAGAGGAGCAGCUCAUCCAAACUGAAAGCUGUCUUGCUCGAUGUGACUGAUCACAGCAGCAUACAGAAAGCAGCGGACUGGGCUCAGGCAGAGGUGGGAGAGAAAGGCCUCUGGGGGUUGGUCAACAAUGCGGGGAGAGCAAUUCCCAUUGGCCCAAUGGAAUGGUUGGUGAUGGAGGAUUAUUUUAAAGUGCUGAAUGUGAAUUUGAUCGGAUUGAUGGAAGUCACACUGACCUUUCUCCCAUUGGUUAAAAAGGCCAGGGGACGGAUUGUGAAUGUGGCCAGUGUUAUGGGGAGGAUUUCGUUAGCAGGUGGUGGAUACUGUCUCUCAAAAUGUGGAGUGGAGUCUUUCUCCGACAGCCUGAGACGGAGCAUGAACUAUUUUGGUGUUCGGGUUAGCAUCAUUGAGCCUGGCUUCUUUAAGACGGCUGUGGCAAACUUGGAAGGCAUUGAAAACAGCCUGCAGCAUCUGUGGGACAGACUAACUCCAGAAGUCCGCGAGAGUUAUGGACAGAAAUACUUUGAAAAGUAUGUGCAGGUCCAGAGGUUUUCCAUGAACAUGUUAUGUGAUGGGGACCUGUCCAAAGUCACAAACAGCAUGGAGCAUGCUCUAACCGCCAGUUACCCUCGCACACGAUAUGCUGCUGGAUGGGAUGCCAAGUUAUUCUGGAUUCCGCUCUCUUACAUGCCAACAGUUCUUAGUGAUUUCAUGCUCGCUCUUCUGUUGCCAAAGCCUGCCCACAGUGUCCAAUAGAUGGAAGUGGAGGUCAGUCAGCA